AUGCUGUGUGACAUGGACCAGGUGACGGCGAUGCGGUUCAUCCUCCGGCAGCCCUCCCCAGUCUGGCUCCACUUCACCAUCGAGGAGCUGCAGAUUUUCCCCCCCGGACAGAAGAGCCCCCAGGAUUUUCCCUCCUGGCUCUCCCAGCUGACCCCUCCGGAGUAUCCAGCUAGCCUGCACGGGGAACUCCCUGACCCGGAGAAGGUGUCAACAGAGGUCCAGCAAAUGUGGGUGCUGACGGAGGUGAUCCGGGCUCGCCAGGCAGCUGCCCGCAUCGGGCGCUUUGACGUGGAUGGCUGUUACGAUAUCAACCUGCUUUCCUACACGUGA